GUUGAAAGUUGAAACUCUUUGCGCCAUUCAUUCUCAUAUCGACUUCCACAACAAACUCAGUACUCUUUUCUAGCUUAGCAAUGGCUUCCACGCCAUGCACAAAUCUUUAUAUCAGCAACAGCUCGAUUUCUGUUGUGGGUUUAUUGACAUGUCCAUUUCUGCAACCCAGGACUCUGCUUUUCUCCAAAGAAAGGAUAUGCUCUCAAAUCUUCUCACACGCACUUUCCCCUUGCCUGAAAAGAUCUUCUUUCUCCUCAAUGUCGAAGAAAUCAAUUUCUACAAUCCCAAGAUGCAGUGGUUCUUCUAACUUAAGUGAGGAUGAAACCUCAAACUCGGAGAAGAAACCUUUUGGAUAUUCAAGGAAGGAUGUUAUACUCAUAGGAGUUGGGCUUACCGUUUUUGGCAUUGGCUUGAAAAGUGGAUUGGAGUAUGUUGGAGUUGAUCCCUUGCAGGCUGGCAAUGUUGUUCAGUUAGUUCUGGUUUUAGGUCUUACAAUAGGAUGGAUUUCAACAUAUAUUUUCAGAGUCUCAAACAAGGAAAUGACAUAUGCCCAACAGCUACGUGACUAUGAAGACAAAGUGAUGCAGUUUCUUGUGCAAGCAGAAAAGAUUGGAGAGUCUAACAGAGGCAGAGAUAGAAGCAUUGCUUCAACAGGUUGAGGAAGAAAAGCAGCGGUUGACAGGCGAAGAACAGGUUAAAUAGUAGUUUCAUGUAGUUUAUAUGCAUAUGAAAAUAGAAUGAGAGCAGCAUGAAACCUCUUCAAACUGAAACUUGUGUAUAAAGUCAUCUUCAUGAGUUACAAGUACUUUUGUAUUCACAAGGUAGUGAAUAGUAUUACAGAA